AUGGCGUCCGUCGAAACAAAACCAAAAUCGGUUGAACCAGCAGCGGAAGAUGUGGAUGAAAAGGAAGAGGUGGACGACGAGGUAGCGGACGAAAAUGUGCCCGCCGGAAAGAAGAAGAAAAAGCGCUCCAGGAAGCCCAAGAAAACUGCUGCCGAUCAAGCGGACGACGAUGCAUUGCGUGAAGCGCUAGCGGAACGGCAAGCCGAAGACAGGAAACAGGUUGCAGCUGCCGAGAAAGCGGCCAAAGAACAGGCCAAGAAGAAUCAAAAAGCAGCUGCAGCAGCGGCUCAGACUCAAGCCGAUGGUGAAGCUGGUGAAGAGGAGGAGGGUGAUGAAGAAGAAGACGGCACAGGUGCUACAGGAGCUGAUGGCAAGAAAAAGCGAAAGAAGCGAAACAAGAAGAAGGCUCCGGCAAACACGCUGGUGGCACCGUCGGUUCCGAUCUCGGAGCAGUUUGCCGACGGUAAGUUCCCAGAGGGACAAAUAAUGCAGUAUCCGGAUUCGACCACUGCAAAGGAUCGGUUUACGAACGAAGAGAAACGAGCGCUCGAUCGCAUGCACCUGGACAUUUACAACGAGCUGAGGCAGGCCGCCGAAGCACACAGACAAACGCGUCAGUAUAUGCAAAAAUGGAUAAAACCGGGCAUGACGAUGAUCGAGAUUUGCGAGGAGCUGGAAAAUACAGCCCGCCGUUUGAUCGGGGAAAAUGGGCUCGAGGCAGGGUUAGCCUUUCCGACUGGAUGCUCGAGGAAUCACUGUGCGGCCCAUUACACGCCGAACGCUGGCGAUCCGACUGUGCUGCUGUAUGACGAUGUAACCAAGAUCGACUUUGGAACGCACAUCAAGGGACGCAUCAUUGACUGUGCGUUUACGCUGUCGUUCAAUCCAAAGUACGAUAAGCUGCUGGAGGCGGUGAAGGAAGCCACGGAGACGGGCAUCCGGGAGGCGGGCAUUGACGUGAGGCUGUGCGACAUUGGUGCGGCCAUCCAGGAGGUGAUGGAAUCGUACGAAGUGGAGCUGGACGGCAAAACGUACCAGGUGAAAGCCAUCCGGAACCUGAACGGUCACUCGAUUAGCCCGUACCGGAUCCAUGCCGGCAAGACGGUACCAAUCGUGAAAGGGGGCGAAACGACGCGUAUGGAGGAGAAUGAAUUCUACGCAAUCGAAACGUUUGGUUCGACCGGACGUGGUCUGGUGCACGACGACAUGGACUGUUCGCACUACAUGAAGGACUUUGAUGCUCCGAAAGUGCCACUACGGCUCCAAUCGUCCAAGCAGCUGUUGGGUCUUAUUAACCGCAACUUCGGUACGUUAGCGUUCUGCAAACGGUGGCUGGACCGGGCCGGUGCCACCAAGUACCAGAUGGCGCUGAAGGAUCUGUGCGACAAGGGCAUUGUGGAAGCGUACCCACCGUUGUGUGAUGUGAAGGGAAGCUACACAGCACAGUACGAGCAUACAAUUAUGCUGCGACCUACCUGCAAGGAAGUCGUUUCCCGUGGCGAUGAUUACUGA